UGCGCGCCUCCCUGCUGCUGCUGUGUUUUCAAUGUGCGUCACAAUUUUUGUGAGAGGGUGUUGAAGAGACACCAUCAUCAUCUUGUAGUUCAGCCAGGUUGGACCGCUUAUACUUGGUGUGGAUCAACUAUACAAAAUCCUGACCAGCAUCAUGACGCAGGGCAAGCCCGCGCUCGCCAGCAAGGCCCCCGGUGACUCAUCCAAUGGACAGUCCUCAGUGUCCCCAUCUCCCCCUAGUUAUGAGGAAGCUACUGCAGGUUCAAGUGAACCUUGCUACAAUGACGUUGAGACGCUCACAGAGUUCACUUGGGAUGAUCGGAACAUCCGAAGGAUUUUCAUACGUAAGGUUUAUGCCAUCUUGAUGAUCCAGCUCUUAGUGACCUUUGCUAUUGUGUCUCUUUUCACUUUCUGUGAUCCUGUGAAGGACUACAUUCAAACCAACCCAGGAUGGUAUUGGGCCUCUUACGGAGUGUUUUUCGUGACAUAUUUGACUUUGUCUUGCUGCUCUGCACCGAGGAGACAGUUUCCAUGGAAUUUGAUCCUGCUCGCCAUCUUUACACUUGCUCUAUCCUACAUGACAGGGAUGUUGUCCAGCUUCUACAACACCAAGUCAGUGGUUAUGUGUUUGGGCAUCACAACUGCAGUCUGUCUCCUGGUCACAAUCUUGAGUUUCCAAACUAAGGUUGACGUGACAUCAUAUCAAGGUGUGCUCCUCAUCUUCUGUAUUGUCAUGUUUAUCUCUGGACUGGUGCUUGCUGCGGUUCUUCCAUUUCAAUAUGUACCUUGGUUGGACACCACCUAUGCCGUUUUGGGAGCCAUAUUGUUCACCAUGUUUUUGGCAUUUGACACCCAGCUCCUCAUGGGGAACAAACGCUACACCAUCAGCCCAGAAGAGUAUAUUUUUGCUACACUCAACAUCUACCUGGAUAUAGUCUAUAUAUUCUCCUUCUUCCUCCAGAUUUUUGGAACAAGACGCGAGUGAAAUGGAUAAAAAGGCACACAUAAAAAAAUAAUGGUAAAGUAUAUCUGUAUGUAACAAUAGUCAUAGCAUUUUGGUGGACCCAGAUAUUUUGUCUGACCUUGAUAUUAUUGUCAGUUGUGAGAUGCAGCUAUUAUACAACACAUCUCUCAAUAUCUGCACAAAACAAGUCUUGAAUCUCUCUUCCUCUCCAGCAUGCUUUGGACAUGUUUGGUAUGUUAGCUUGACAUCCUUGCAGUUUUCCAAUCAUAACAACAGACCUGUGUUUAUGUCUUUGGCCUGAAGUAUGCAUGUUGCAUUGCAGAUGUCAACUUAUGAGGUAUUUGAGCUACUCAGUACAUCAGGGCAUUCCAACCGGUGGACCUGGAGUCAAAUUCGGCGCCGGAAUGACACCAUACAAAAAACAUUUUUGCAACAAUUUCCUAAAAACACAGGAGUGGUCCUAUUGUAUAGAGCAGGGGUCGGGAACCUUUUUGGCUGAGAGAGCCGUGAAAGCCAAAUAUUUUAAAAUGCAUUUCUGUGAGAGCCAUGUAAUAUUUUUUAACACUGAAUACAACUAAAUGCGUGCAUUUUUAAAUAAGACCAAUAUUUUAGAGUUCAAUAAGUCUCUUAUUCUUUUUAAUAACAUUGUUAUUCUGAAGCUAACCAAUAAUGAAUAACAUACUUCUUACCAUUAAUGCGACUUCUUGAACAGAUGCGGUAGAAAACGAAUGGAUGUAUUAAUAAAAUGCAUGACAAAGUUUUAUAUUUUGAACGUUAUUUUUAACACUGUGAUUACCAGCGGAAUUAUUCAUUACUUAUCGUGUUAAGCAGGGUCAGCUAAGAUUUAUCUGAGAGCCAGAUGCAGUCAUCAAAAGAGCCACAUCUGGCUCGAGAGCCAUAGGUUCCCUACCCCUGGUAUAGAGGAACUUUGACCACUGUAAACACAUUGGCAGAUCCUUGCAUUGACAUUUUAACCUUGCUAGCAAACAAAACACUAGGGUCCAAAAUUGGGAUUCGCUUAACAGAGGCAUUCUUCAAGGCACCCCUUUAAGUCAUCUCCUUUUUGGCAUUUACACACAUUUUUUGUAAUGUGAUUUAUGUAACAAAAGUGUUGCUGUAGCUUGUUUACUUCAGAUGUAGUCAGUAAUCAUUUGUUCAACUUUUGCAUUUAUACUAGUAGUGUUCCUAGAGUGCUGUCAUAGAGAUGAACUUUGACUAGUUUUCUUUGCAGAAGGUCCUUAAAAACAACAGAGCACUCCUGUAACUCUGACAAAAAAACAAACGGAAAUCAAAUGUCUACUGUAGUUCUG